AUGUCACACCACAAUCUACGGGCAGAAAAGAACUGCCUUUCACUUGAUGGGGUGGGUGUGCGCAGCCUCUCCUCUCUCCUUAUCCUUGAGGAAAUAGUGCGUCAAUAUAACAUUGCAAACGGGCUUGCGGCAGAUGACCAGCCUCCAGGCAAUGUGUUUCAUGUCGCUUUUGGGACCAGCGGCGGAGGCCUAAGCGCGUUGAUGAUCAAGAAAUAUGCCAUGCCUAUGCAGGCAUGCAUCAAUAGCCUCCGUGGCGUCUCUAACACCGUGUUCCGACGACGUGCAGCUUGGCCAAAUCUCGAUCUUGGUGCUCUCACCGGUGGACUUUUCGCCGGGUCACGUUUCAGUCAGGGACUGCUUCGGCAACAAAUCCAGCUGAUCACAGGCACCCGCACACAGAUGCAGAACCCUUCUUCCAAUUGCAACUGCUACGUGGUUUGCCGUCGUUCGAACAGCGCUGGGAGAAUCAUUGACAAUCGAGCGGUGUGCUUUGCCUGUUUUGCAAAUGGACAAGCCAAUCGUCUUGUGUGGGAAGCCGCUUUGGCCACCAGCGCUGCAUCCACCUACUUUCCUCCCGCACAACUGGGACCCCUGGAGUACUACAUCGAUGGUGGGUUGGGCUUCAACAACCCGAUUCUGACGUUUUCGAAACAGAAAUCGUACAUGGGUAUUGGAGACCGCACUUGGUGGCGGUUCUGGGACAGGCUUACUAUCAUAAACGUGUUUCAAAAUGCCCUUGCCCUUGCAACCGACAUCAAGAAUGACCAUGAUGCUUUUGAAGAAAUUGCUGGGUUGUCAUCGAAUUGGUCCUAUUUCCGGUUCAACUGCGGCGGGGGACUUGCAGAUAUCCCUCUUGAUCAAGCGAGCCAGUUGCCAACCAUCGAGAACCUGACCAGGGCUUACCUUGCGAAACCCCAAACGCAGGCGACGAUCCAAGAUGCUUUCAGUUACGUGCUUGAUUUACUGGUCUACUAUCCUCUACCAACCCGCCAUCCUGCAUCCUAA